AUGAUUGUGCCCGUUGUGUCGGGUGCCCGUCAGGCUGCCAGUUGUUCACCGAGAGUCAUCUCCUGUCACAGAGAGAUCAUCGCGAUAACAACAGCUCUGCCGUUUCCCUGCCUCCACACUUUUGAUCCGACCAAAUCCACUUUGGCCCGAACAAGAGUUACUUUGCCAGCUGCGCAUCUCCUUCGGACAUCUGGGCACAUCGUCAUAUCGACUGGUGUACCUUGGCUCUACUUGGACCUACACCGUACUGUGUGCGUUGGUACAUGGUCCAUGGCCCUGGUCGGCAUCACGACUGAUAACAAAAAGACCGCCACCGCCGUUGUCCGUCACUCCUCCUCCUCCUUCCAUCAUCAUCAUCAUCACAAGCAACAGCACCAUCAUACCUCCUCACCAACGCGUCGUCGCGUGUCUGCCCUCCUCCCGCCGUAUCGUGCUAACACCCACUGGCGCCGACUCGCAGACACGUCUCGAAGCACACCUACGUCAACAAAGGUCAACAAGGCAAUCAUGGCAUCUGCUGUUCGCGAUAUCACUACGACCUCCCUCGGCCGAGACAACUUAACUGCUGUAGCGGCCCGGAGUGUCCCUGUGACGGCAACUCACCCGACCCCCCUCCCUACUCCUCCCAACUCCAUGUCCCCUACACUGCCUCCCCAUGGGCUCAAGGCCCAGCUUCAGAGAGCUGGGAUGGACCAACAUGUCGACUCGGAUCUGGACCUCCAUGGCGAUCACGACACCGAUCACAACGGUAGUGCCGGUUCUCCCCCAUACGAGUCGGCCGGCAUCAACGCUGCCAUGUUGGCCAAGUUCCAUCUACCAGAAAUCCUCUUGAACCACGGUCCGCUUGCGAUCCGUCAUAUCAUGGGUUAUCUCACGAGCUCUAUCCCUGGCUUUGCUGAGAUUCCUCCGACAAAGGCUCGGAGGUUGGUUGUGGGUGCUUUGGAAGGUCGAGGAAGUGGAGGCGAAGGCGGCGGUCUGGACGGUGACGUACAAUUUGAGAAGGUGGGCUGGGGAAUAUGGCAAGCCAGGAGGCGUGGCCAGCCCUCCGGGUAUAUGGCAGCACGCCGAGCAUCGCCACACGGUGACAGUCAACCCGCAAGUAUUCCCAUCACCAGGAAUGGCGGUUGGAACCUGGAUCGCUUGCGCAUCGCAGCGGCUGGUUCCCUCGACGGUGAAUCUUGCGCGGCAUUCUCCUUUGACGAUCGGUCUAUGCACAUGAUGGACCACGAAGCGGACAGGAUGUCCUUGGAUGGUUCGGCGUCGGCCUCCUGCUCAGAGGCACCUGAUGACGACGAUGAUAUUGCUAUGGAUGACGACACGGAAGACGCGACAGAUGAUGAAGACUGGGCCGCUGUUGGUGCGGCUGCGCUUCGUGCGACUUCAUAUCAAGCCCCAUCAGACCGGUUCCUCAACGCGAACAGUGUCUACGCUACUGGUGGGCUACGGUCAUUCUCUUCAUCAGUGGGAAUGGCACGCUCGCCACAGUUCCGCACCUUCAACUUUUCAACAACAACACCUGCAUUGACGACCCCGUCAGAUGCGCAAGAAAGGGAGGCCGUCGAGGCUCUCCUUCGACUUGGAUCUGUAUAA